GGCUUCCUUGUUAGAAAAGUUAAAAUUUAUACUCACAAGUUGAGAGAGAAUGUGGAAGUUGAAGAUAGCAGAAGGGGAAGGGCCAUGGCUGACAACUACAAACAAUCACAUAGGAAGACAGCACUGGGAAUUUGAUGAAAAAGCUGGAACUCCUCAAGAAAUUGCUCAAAUUGAGAUGAUGCGUCAAGAAUUCAAAAGGCAUAGAUUUGUUCACAAACAAAGUGCUGACUUGUUCAUGCGUAUGCAGCUAAGAAAAGAGAAUUCAUAUGAACCUAUUCCACCAGCAAUGAAAUUGGAAGAAUCAGAAGAUAUAACAAAAGAAGCAGCGAAGAUUACACUAAGAAGAGCUAUUAAUUUCUAUUCAUCAAUUCAAGCUCAUGAUGGUCACUGGCCUGCUGAAUCUGCUGGACCUUUGUUCUUUAUACAACCUUUGGUUAUGGCAUUGUAUGUUACAGGUGCUCUUAAUACUGUUUUAUCACAAGAACAUCAAAAGGAGAUUAAACGCUACCUUUACAAUCAUCAGACUGAAGAUGGAGGGUGGGGAUUUCAUAUAGAGGGUCACAGCACAAUGUUUGGUUCAAUACUUAGUUACAUAGCAUUGAGAUUACUUGGUGAAGGACCAGAAGAUGGUGAAGAAAAUGCAGUGGCUAAAGGCCGUAAAUGGAUAGUUGAUCAUGGUGGUGCUAUAGCUACUCCUUCUUGGGGAAAAUUUUGGUUGGCGGUGCUUGGAGUAUAUGAGUGGGAAGGUUGCAACCCAAUGCCACCAGAGUUUUGGCUCCUCCCUACACAAUUUCCUAUUCAUCCAGGAAAAAUGAUGUGUUAUUGUCGCUUAGUAUAUAUGCCCAUGUCAUAUUUAUAUGGAAAAAGGUUCGUAGGUACUAUAACCAGUUUGGUGCAAUCUUUGAGAGAGGAGAUUCAUUCUCAACCUUAUCACGAAAUUAAUUGGAAUAAAGCAAGGAGUACUUGUGCUAAGGAGGAUCUUUACUAUCCACAUCCAUUGAUACAAGAUACAUUGUGGGGAUUCCUCCAUCAUGUUGCGGAACCAAUUUUGACAAGAUGGCCAUUCAAAGCAUUGAGGGAAAAGGCAUUGAAACUAGCAAUGGAACAUAUUCACUAUGAGGACGAGAAUAGCAGAUACCUAUGCAUAGGCUGUGUGGAAAAGGUCUUGUGUCUCCUUGCUUGUUGGGUGGAAGAUCCAAAUUCAGAAGCAUAUAAACGCCACCUUGCUCGUUUACCAGAUUAUUAUUGGAUAGCAGAAGAUGGCUUAAAAUUUCAGUCCUUUGGUUGUCAACUGUGGGAAGCAGUUUUUUCAAUCCAAGCAAUUUUAUCAAGUGAUAUUGCUCAAGAGUUUGGACAAACCAUCAAGAAAGCACACAGCUUUCUUAAAGCAUCACAGGUCCAAGACAAUCCUUCUGGGGACUUCAAAAAAAUGUAUAGGCACAUAACUAAAGGUUCCUGGACAUUUUCCAUGCAAGAUCAUGGUUGGCAAGUUCCUGACUGCACUUCUGAAGGACUAAAGUGUGCACUUUCACUUUCACAAAUGUCAACAGAACUUGUUGGGGAAAAAAUUGAGACGAGUCGCUUAUUUGAUGCUGUAAAUAUUAUUUUGUCACUGCAGAGUGAAAAUGGGGGCUUUCCAGCAUGGGAACCUCAACGUGCAUAUCGGUGGUUGGAGAAGUUCAAUCCUACAGAACUUUUCGAGGACGCCGUAAUUGAGCGAGAGUAUGUGGAAUGCACUUCAUCAGCAAUUCAUUCUCUAACAUUGUUUAAAAAGUUUCAACCUGGACAUCGAACGAAGGAGAUUGAAGCUUCAAUUACCAAAGGUUUAGAAUAUAUUGAAAACACACAAAAUCUUGAUGGCUCAUGGUAUGGUUGCUGGGGAAUAUGCUAUACAUAUGGAACAUGGUAUGCAGUAGAUGGAUUAGUAGCUUGUGGAAAAACAUAUCGUAGUUGUCAUGCACUUCAAAAAGCAUGUGACUUUUUGCUGUCGAAGCAAUUACAAGAUGGUGGAUGGGGUGAGAGUUAUCUGUCCAGUACAUGCAAGGUUUAUACGAACCUCGAAGGUGAUCAAUCAAAUUUGGUUCAAACUUCAUGGGCAUUGUUAACUCUCAUUAAUGCUGGCCAGUGUGAAAUUGAUCCCACACCAAUACAUCGUGGAAUAAGAUUGUUAAUAAAUUCACAAAUGGAAGAUGGUGACUUUCCUCAACAGGGAAUAACUGGUGCAUUUAUGAAAAAUUGCACCUUGAACUAUUCAUCAUAUAGGAAUAUCUUCCCAAUAUGGGCUCUUGGUGAAUAUUACAAACGUCUUAUGAAACUAAAGGGGAUUUGAUAUGGUUGCUUAUCAAAUAAUAUGAAUAUGCACAAUAAAAUAAGGAGUCGUUUUACUUUUAAAAUAUGUAAUAUAUCAAAUUAUUUCGUUUUAUUCUUAUGUAUAUCUUGAUACACGUAGAUAUUUGAAAAUGUGUCAUAAUAUGUGUGAGAGUUAAUGACAGACAUACGAUUUAAGUUAUGAGUUCUCAAGCGCCACUAUUCUUAGAGUCAAAACACUAUUACUUAUAUAAAAAUAUUAGUAAUUCAAAAAUAUAUUAACUGAGCACCCAAUCUCAAAAAUAAUCUUUAAAUUAAAAAUAGUUGAGCACCCGUAAGGUAAAAAAUCUGAAUUUGCCAUUGGUGAGAGUAACAUAUAUUCUAGCUAUACAACAAUAGCUACUCCAUUAUCAAGAUAAACUUGAUUUUCACCCUUAAAUUGCAAGUUGCUAAUCCUUAUUUCUUCAUUCACGUUAUUGUCAUCUAAUGGAAUUAGAAUUUAAAUUAUUGGAGAUCAAAAUUGUCAUUGGUUGUAAAAUUGUUAGAAGUUGUGUAUUCACCAAACAGUAUAUGAGAG